AUGCCAAAACAUCAAAAUAAGAAUAAAAAAGGAAGUUCACAACAAACAAAAAUAAAAGAAAGGUUUGUAAAGAGUAAAACUGAAAAGAGAAAGAAAGAAAUUCAAAAAGAGGAAGAAAUACCAAAAAUCACAGAAGAAGAAAAAGAAAAAUAUUUACAAAAAUUUAAAAGAAAAUAUGUAGAAAAAGAGAAAAAGGAACAACAAGAUUUAAUAAGACAUCCAAAGGAUUUAAAAACACCAGUCAAACAAAAAGAAAUUGGAAUAGAAACAGCACAAAGAGUUAUUCAACCUAUUAUUAAACAUAAUGAAAGUAAAAUUACAUUUAGUAGAACAAAUAAAAGAAAUGAAAAUAUAACUAGUCAAUUCAAAGAAACGUCUGAUGGAUUUGAUAUUCCUAAGACGAAAACAGAACGUCAGAAAACAAUAAAGUUACAAACAGAAAUUACAUUUAAUAAUCAGUCAUUUGAUGAUGAAUCUACAGACCAAAAUGAUUAUGGAAUGAAUACAAUCAAUGAAAUUGAACAACCAAUACAGGAGAAUAAUCACCCAAUUCAUUUAGAAGAGGUUGAUGACAAAAAUAAGACAACAAUGACUUUUACAGAAAAUGAAAAUAAAGUCUUGAAACUCCAAAUAAAUCAACAAGAAGAACAAAGUGAAGAUAGUUUUGUUAUUCACCGAAAUAAUCCUAUCGAAAUGCUAAAGAAAGAACUCCAUCCUACAGAAAUAGAACAAGGCAUUCAACCAAUGCAAUUUGAAACAACUGUCGAAAUCAACGAAACAAGUUAUAAAACACCUACCAAAUACCAAUUUGAUAAGAAACAAUUAAUUCAACAUGAACCAAUUCAACAUACGUCUCCAAGACAAAGUCCAAAGAAAAGAUUCAAAAAAGAAAAACAAUUCAACACUACAGUUGUUAUUCCAAAAAAACAAGAAGAAACAAAAAAAUUAGUAUUGAUUGAAGACAGUCCAAUAAAUGAAAAAGAUAUAAACAAAAAGGACGAGAGUUUUCAAGAGAAAGUAAACACUGAAGAUAAUCAAGAAAUAACUGAAGAAACAUCAUCAAUAUUAUCUGUUAUGAGUUUUGGAGAAGAACGGGAGAUGAACAGUGAUAAGAUUCCAAUGGAGAUUAUUGAAGAAGAAAAAAGAAAUAAAAAUGAAGAGUCAAUGAGUCAAAAGAAUUUUAAAGAUAAUAAAGUUAUUACUUCAGAAUUAAUGAGUAAGAAUGAAGAACAAACAACACUAUUAUCUAUACUACCAUUUGGUGAAGAAAGAAUAAAAGGGAUUAAUGGGUUAAGAGAAAUGAAAGAGAUAGAUAUUCUUGAGGCCAAUGAACAAAAACAAAAGGAAUCAAUCAAAAAAACAUUCACACAAGAACGAAAAGAUAGAAUUACUAAGAAAUUGGCAAGACCACAUGAAAUGAUUCAAUUUAAUGAUGGAAAUCAAGUUAUUUCUCAAAUGAGUGUUGUUGAAACAAAAAUAGAAGAAGAGUCUACAAAUCAAGAAGCAAUACCAAUAGUUCAAGAAAUACAAAAAAUACCAAUACAACAGAUUCAAUUAAUAAAUAAUGAGAUAGAAGAAGUUAAAAUAUCGGACGUUCAACUAACAAAUAAGUUUAUUGAUGUUGACAUUAUUAAAGAAAUCAAAGAAGUUGUUAUUAAUAAUCAAAACAAAGUGUUUUGUGAAGUUAAAGAAGAAGAGACAGUUUAUGAAAAAUAUAUUCUUAAACCUUGUAGAUUUUUAAGACAAAGAGAAAAAGAAUGUGUUGAAUUUCCUUGUAUUCCUCCAAGAAUUAAAACACCACCAUUAGAACAUCAUAUGGCAGAAGAAGAAAAACAUUUUCUAGAACCAGAGCCAUGCUUUAAUGAUUAUUACCGACUUAAACCAAAAUGUUGUUUAAAAGAAGAAUUGUGUAUUGUUCCAUUGAGAAAACAAUUGAAUUGGAAAGCUUUAAAUAAUCCACAAAUGAAAAGAGUAAUAGAAGAAGACAUUUCAAUUCCAAUGGGGUAUUUUUCAAGAGUAUUUCUAGAUAACGAUACAGAUUUUGAAGAUGAUUUUGUUGAAUCAACUAACUCAAAACUAAAGAUUGUAUUUUAA